UGGCAAACUUAUACUGGUAUAUACACCAGACGACGGGACAACUUGUUGCUCAUCCAGUCUCUCUUUGUUCACCCUUUACCCAGUCACUCUUUGCGAUUGUUGAAUACGAGUCGCCUAAUGGAGCUGACUCUAUACCACUCAUUAUAACACUGUUGCUCUACAACACUUCACAACACUGUCACUAUCGAGGUCAACUGAUAUAAUAAUAAUCUAUAAUGGGAGGAUUCGGUUCAAUCGGCUUCGCCGUCAAGUUUGGGCAUAGGAAAAAUAGGAAAUCUGCGGAGGAGCAGAACACGGGAGAGGUGCGCGACGGAGAAAAGCUUGUCGGCAAGAAGACUAAAGAAGGAGGUUUGUUACGUGGAAGAGCUCCAAGCCUUGGUCAUUUCGAUGGAGCGAACCAGCCAGGACCGACCUCUCCGUCUCUUCCCUAUAAGCCUGCGCCCACUGAGACUAUUGUCGAUUGGAUGGACAUGAUAAAAGCCAGCAGACCUUCAACUGCAGGCAAUCCAAGUGUCAGCUCCUUGCGUAAUAUUCAAGGUACUAGGAACAGACCAUCACCACUUCGCCUCCACCCUUUGCCGGCAGACCUACGACGUGUGAACCACAGCACAACUAGCUUUGGGACUGUUGGAGGCGCCCCCAUAUCGCCGCCUUUGCCAUCACCAAGGUCACCAAGGUCUCUGAGAGGUGAAAAGCCUAGUAACUGGGUGUCUCCUAGUAACUGGAUGUCCCCGCUCGAUGUUCAUCUCAGCCGGCCUACCACACCAACUACGGAUUCAAAUCCCUCGCAAAUCCCACAACCUCAAUCUUCUGAGAAGUCGAAGAAUGAACUCCCAGUUCUAACACCAAAAACCUCCGUAUCUGCGCUUAAAUCAAAUUCUUCCCCGAUUCGCAUCCUCGAUGCAACAACGCCCACUUCCACACCAUCAAAACUCUCUCCGUCACGUGUUCCGCGACAAUUACAACGCUCCGGCCAUUCCAUAGGUGAUGAUGGUGCGCAUUCUUUGUCUCGUCGCAGCGCUGAGAGCUUCCGCUUCGACCUGAUUCCACCUCUACCACAGAGCCCUUCCUCUCCCCGACCUGCAAAGGUCUUACCUACACUCGAUACAAGCUCCGCCGCAGAAGACGAUUAUACCUGGGAUUCAGAGGUGCCAGUGCUUCGCGAUUCUGUGGCCGAGCUAUAUCGAAUAUCGUUCUCCCGGCCCAAGACGGUCGAUAUCAAACGGCCGCAAUCUCGAAGCUCUCGAAGCUCUCGAAGCAGUCAGGCUCACAGCGAACCAACGCCAAAUACCCCCAGCACAAGGACAUCCAUCAAUACAUUCACAAACAACAAUGUCAACCGUCAGCUCUCCUCUGCUGGCUCAUCAUCUGCUGGCUCGGUGACUAAGAUCUCACCAUCCCGGUCAUCUUCACGCAGUCUUCGCCGCGCCCGAGACUCCGUCAAAUACAUGCCCCGAAAAGCGCCCCAACGAAACAGCGAUGAAAGAAGAAGAAGAGACCACGAUCACCGACACUACAAACUCGGCCAACACAUCCAUAUUACGGCUGAUCAAUCUACCAUCUCCUCCCUUUCAAGUUCCAGCACUUCCAUCUCAGAUGUUCACAACCGUGGAACAGAUGAGCAGGAACCAGUCCCCAAACUCCCUCCCCUGGAUUUGUAUUCGCUAGAACCGGUUCCCCUGACCGCCAUCAAAACUGGAACGGGUAAGCGCCGGAGCAUAUCGGAUGCGAGCCAGACCAGCAUUGGCGAUUUCUACGACGCGUAUUAUCGGAUGAGCAUCUUGCAGGAUCAGGAAAGCAACAGCGUGCUGGCUCAGCUAAAUACGAUCCAUCGCAGUCCGAGCCCGGAGAUGUUGGGGUCAAAUGUGGGGAACGCGCUCAGUACGGAUGCGAAGAGACCUGCUCCGAUGAUGCUAACCGGUGAUGGAUGGGUUGGGGCCGAUAUGAUGGUUCCGAUGCCGGGUGGUCUGAUAUAG